CAGUACACUUAUGAUAUGUGCUUUGAAAAUAGAUGUUAAACUUGAGUUUAAAUGAAAAAUGUCUUUCACUCCACCUAUAUUUUGCCAAGAAAAUGAAGAAAAUAAUUCAAAAUUUGUGGACAUUCAACAGUCACAAAAUACUUCCAGAGUUUCAGAAGUUCCCCUUCAGAACUUACGCUUAGCAUCUCAAGAAGUUCUUCAAAAAGCUCAGCAAAGUGGGAGAUCAAAGUGUCUCAGAUGUGGUGGUUCAAGAAUGUUCUACUGCUAUACAUGUUAUGUCCCAGUUGAAAAUGUACCUAUUGAAAAGAUUCCACUUGUAAAGCUUCCAUUGAAGAUUGACAUCAUUAAACAUCCAAAUGAAAUAGAUGGGAAAAGUACUGCUGUUCAUGCAAAACUCUUAGCACCCGAAUUUGUAAAUAUUUACACAUAUCCUUGUAUUCCAGAAUAUGAAGAAAAAGACCAUGAAGUUGCACUUGUUUUUCCUGGACCGAAGUCUGUCUCAAUAAAAGAGAUUUCUUCUCAUCUGCAAAAAAGGAUUCAAAAUAAUGUUAGAGGCGCAAGUGAUGAUCUUGACAAGCCAUCUAUCAAACGCAAGAAAACUGAAGGACAGGAUGGCUGUGAUUUGAAUGACAGCAAGUGGAAAGGCAUAGCACUGAAGAAAAUUAUAUUUAUAGACAGUACCUGGAACCAGACAAACAAAAUUCUUACUGAUGAGCGACUUCAAGGGUUGUUACAAGUUGAGUUGAAAUCAAGAAAAACUUGCUUUUGGCGCCAUCAAAAAGGAAAGCCAGAUACCUUCCUUUCCACAAUUGAAGCCAUUUACUGUUUUCUAGUAGAUUACCACACUGAAAUAUUAAAAGAGAAAUACACAGGUCAAUAUGACAAUCUUUUAUUUUUCUAUUCUUUUAUGUACCAGUUGAUAAAGAAUGCCAAAUGCUCUGGAGAAAAGGAAACAAGAAAACUUAUCCAUUAACUUUUGUCAUUUUAUUUUGCUAAAAUUAAUAAACUUAGCAUUGUGCUUUGCUUAUCCUUUGAAAUAAUCA